AUGGCUUGCAUGGCCUCACCCAUCACGAUACGGCGCCCUGUGUCACCUGUCAGCCACGUGCCGGUGCCCAUGGCUGUUCGUCAAGCCCCGGCUCACCACACGGCGCACACGGCGCACGGCGUGCACAGUGUGCACAGUGCAGCUGCUGCCACGCAUCACCACGCAGCUCACACUGCCCACACGGCCCAUGCCGUGCACACACAUCACACACAUGCUACAGCAGCUGUUCACGGGGCGCACCCCCAACAGCAGGCAAACGUGGUACCAAUGAAGACCGUCGCACCGGUUCACUACUCUCCUGCGCAGAGUGCUCGUGCUGCGACUCAGGGAGUGGCUUCCUCGUCCUUACCGCAGCGCAGCCCGCACGUCGUGAGCAACAAGAACCUGGGUCACUACAUCCUGGGCCGAACCAUUGGCGAGGGGACCUUCGGCAAGGUCAAGCUGGGAAGGCACAUCCUGACCGGAGAGCGCGUGGCUGUGAAGGUCCUUGAGAAGGACCGUAUUCAGGAGGUCGCCGACAUCGAGCGCGUUGCGCGCGAAGUCCAGCUUCUGAAGCUGAUCAGGCACCCGCAUGUGGUGCAGCUGUUCGAAAUCAUCGAAACCCGUGGGCAGUUGUACUUGAUCAUGGAGUAUGCCUCCGGGGGCGAGCUCUUCGACUACAUCGUGCAGAAUCAGCGUGUGCCCGAACCGGAGGCAUGCCGCUUUUUCCACCAGAUCAUUGCUGGGGUCGAACAGAUCCACGCGAUGAAUGUUGUACAUCGCGAUCUGAAGCCUGAGAAUCUCCUUCUUGACGAGCACAAGUGCAUCAAGAUCGUUGAUUUCGGCCUCAGCAACCGCUUCGACGACAACCAGCUGCUGAAAACCGCCUGCGGCUCUCCCUGCUACGCUCCGCCAGAAAUGGUCUCAGGGCAGAGCUACGUCCCUCAGAUGUGCGAUCUCUGGAGCUGCGGGGUCAUCCUCUUUGCUAUGGUGUGCGGAUUCCUACCAUUCGAGGAUUCCAACACCUCGGCGCUGUACAAAAAGAUCCUGGCAGCCAGCUACACGCCUCCAUCAUUCAUCACCGACUCUGUCAAGGACCUCAUCGCUGGGCUCCUGACUGUGGAUCCUGCGAAACGCUUCACGAUUGCGGAUGUGCGAGCCCACGAGUGGUACCGCCAAAUUUCGGAGGCCUCUGUCCGUCCUCGUGACUUGGUCUCCCGGCAAUGCGGUCUCGAGGAGGACGUGCUCCAAGAGCUGAAGUGCCAUGGUUUCCCUCAAGAGUAUGCGACAAACUGCCUCCUGAACAACAAGCACAACAGCGUUACGACCACGUACUAUUUGCUGGCGGCCAAGCGAAGGAGGAUGGCAGAACACCUGCAGCUCCGGGAGUCUGAGCGUGCAAGCCCCAGCGGAGUCCGGAGCGUCUGGAGCAUAUAUGGGUUGGGCUCCGGGGUGCGUGAGUUGCACAGUGCAGGUGCUCGCGACGAGCGGGACCUGCACUCAGAAUUCGACUCUCGUCUCUUCUGA